AUGGAAUACUCACAGAUUGGAUUCAGGAGGGCGCCCUUGUCUAAGGAGGCAUCUCUAGACUGGGAAUUCCGUCCAGAGUCAUGCGCAGCAGCGUCUCCUGCGCGACUGGAAGGAGGUGCACAGAACGAGCCGAUUCACACCGUCAAGGCGAAGCCUCUGGAGAACGACAUCAGCGAAUGGCACUGCACCCUGCUGCCGAACGAGGGCCCGUACCAGGGAAUCCCUUUCCACCUCAUCCUGACGUUUCCGUCCGACUACCCGAACCGGCCUCCAUGCGUCCGCCUCUGCUCCUGCCUGACCCACCCGAACGUCAGCUGCGGGGGGUAUAUCUGCUUGGACAUGAUCAAGGAACCCAAGUUCUAUGCUGGGCCAUACCAAGGUUGGUCGACGGCGUACAGCGUUCAGAGCAUCCUGCUGCAGCUUCAGAGCUUCCUCUUCGCCGAAAACGUUCCUCAGGAAAGUCACGGCUCUAAGGCGUCCUACACCCGCAACUGGGCGGGCAAAUGCGCAGCGGACAUCGCCAGGAACGACGCGGCAGCGUUCAGCUGCCGCGUCUGCGGGUUCAAGGGCUCGGACAUCGUGGCCGCGGCGCCCUUGCAGUGUGAACGCGAGCGCGCAUGGGAGCGCGCUCGAAUGGCUCUCGAAUUUCAGCGCGCGAGCUCCAGCAACAACCCCUUCAACCUCCUCGGUGCCCUAGGGGAUGUUUCCGAGAGCGACCUAGCGGCCGCGCGUUCGCCCGCGCGCGCGCGCCAGCGACGCGCCCCAAACCCCGCCGUCAGCGCCUCGCAAAACCCCGUACCCGCGCCGACGGCCGCGGACCGACUAAGCGAGCUCCCCACGGACGUCCUGGUUCAAGUCAUGGACCGGCUGGACGCGCCCGCGCUAUCCGCGCUCGUGCGCGCGGGCAAGUACUACGCGCGCGCGGCCACGGAGCGCGGCGCGUGGGUGCGGCGCGAGCUGCAGUGCUUCCACUCGAAGCGCAGCUUCGCCGAGGAGGUUUUGGGGUUUGGGCUGGAGAUCAAGGGAUUAAAUUCGCCGGCGCGGUGGGAGGGGGUGCUUCUGAUGGAUUAUCUGUCGGCCGGGGCCUUCUUCGAGGGCAACGUGCGCAAAGGCGUCUGGAAUGAGAUGUUGACCUGGUGGCUCCCUCUGAUUCUUGACGCCCAGCACUGCGCGCGCGCGCUCCCGCUCCUCAAGGGCAUUAUCAAGGCGCUCGCCACGGACCCUUGGCGCGCAGUACUGACACGUGGCGACAUCCUGGACAUGGCGCAAACGUUUUCGCCCCUCGACACGCUCAAGGUCCUUCCCCGCUUGAUGAACGGCAUGGUGGUAUCGUUCAUGAAGCAGGAAGAGGCGAAAAAGCAAUGGAACCCUUACUCUUUCAUGGGGAAAGAAGGCGCGGGGCAGCAAGGGAAUCUGCACGCCUCCGAGAAGGCGCUGCUGGGUUACUGCCAGCUGCACCACAUGCUGCUGCGCCUGGCCCAAGACUACCCGGAGAUCCGAGACGCCAUCGACCGGGCACUCUCCCGCUUCCAAGACAACACGAGCGCACGGCAGAAGAACGAGACUCCUGACCUGGGAGAACUGCUGGUGCUGCUCAGCGUCGCAAAGACCGGGGGAGUCACCUGGGCCAGCCUGGCGCCCGCGUUCAUGGGGGAGUCCUUCGACAGGAACGUGCUGUGGCUCCUGAAGUCGCACCCCGAGCUGGCAGUCCUGGAGAACACGGACCACGUGUCGGACUACCGCAUGGUGACCACUUUCAAAGAGACCACCGUCUCCAGGCGGCUCAUCAUGUUCCAGGUGGCUUUCUUGCUGCUCCGGUACGGCUAUCCGCGGCCGGGCCUCACGCGCAAGCUGCAGAAGACGUGGUACGACGUUCUGAAGGUUGCCACGUGGACCGAUUAUUACGCCCAGCUGGGCCUCGCGUGCCCUCCCACGCCGCUCGCGCUCUGCUCGACUCUGCGUCAGUCUGUCGUCAGCAGCAGCCAGAAGGGUUACCACUCGAUCAAGCGGCUCUGGCAUGGGCGCCGGGAGGACCUGAUGCAACUGAGGUGGCGGUACGAACCGGCCAUGCGUACUCAGUACCAUACCUGCCUGAUCUGA